AUGCCCCGGGACCCUCCCAGGGACAGCGGCGUUCCCAGCUGCCCUCCCAAGGGCGGCGGCGCUACUAGAGGCCCUACCAGGGUUGGUGGUGCCCCCAGGUGCCUUCCCAGGGGUGGUGGCACCCCCAAAGCCCCUCCCAAGGGCAGUGGUGCCACCAGGAGCCCUCCCAAAUGUGACGGCGCUACUAGAGGCCCUACCAGGGUUGGUAGCGCCCCCAGGUGCCUUCCCAGGGGUGGUGGCACCCCCAAGGACCCUCCCAGGGGCGGUGGCGCCCCCAGAGGCCCUUCCAGGGGCGGAGGUGCCACUAGGGGUUCUCCCAGGGGCGGAGGCUCCCCCAUGGGCCCUCCCAAAGGCGGAGGCAUCCCCUAG